UUUUUUCAAUGCCAAGGGAGGCACCCCUGAGACCGUCCGCUUCACUUUCAUUUCUCAUACUAUGUACACUCCCCUACGUUUGACAUACUCGGUAGACCGAAAAGGAGCCGACAACAAGGUAUAAAACAGAAUGAGGACGUAGUACCACACUCUCCUCAGAGUCAAGUGCCUUCUUUACUCUAAGCUCUUCACCGCUCUCCAAUAACGCCACAAUGUUCUCCAAGCGCAUCGUAUCCCUCCUCCUCUUGGUUGUGUCCUUUGGCCUCUUUGCCUGUGCGAACCCCAUUGACAAGCACGACGUCGUUGUGCGUGGUCUGGGCGAUGUCACCAGCAACGAGGUCAAUGGUCUGACUCGUCGCACCCAUUUUCCGGAGAAUCCUUGCAAUUGCGACCAGGAUCUCAAGGAUUGCCUUGAUGCCCUCAACGUGGUGGUUGGCCCACUGAUUCUUCAGCUAGAUGGCACGAAUGCUCCCGGACCUAUCGUCGCGAAGAUUAUUGCCGCCAUCAAGGCUUCCGCUGAUCUCUGCGCCACAAUCAAGAUUCUUCCCAACUGCACCGUCACAGUCAUCAUCAAAGCUUGCAUCGAUAUCAUUGUCAAUAUUAUUGUGGGAAUCUGCGUGGGGAUCCUCAAGUACCCUACCAUCCUGGUUCUCACCUUGAUCCUCCAACUCGACGCUUGCAUCACCGCGUGGGUUAAGGUCAUCAUCACCGUCGUUUGCCCCGCGAUCUUGGACCCACUCGUGGCUGCUCUCAAGCUUCACCUCGACGUUAUCGGGAUCCUUGUUGCCCUUUUGGCUCUUCUUGGCCUUUAAAUUUCAAGAGGGGUGGGGGGGUCCAAAAAUGACGGCGAUCUUGGUGCAACGUGACCUUCACCUUUCCUUUAUGUGCCUGCG